AUGACCAUGGCACAUGUGGACAGUGAACGUCCGAUGUCAAAUGGAUGCGAAAAUAAUGGCGACGCCAUGCUCGAGCCAAUGGAUUUAAGUUCGCCUAUGCCUAACGGUACGCCUACGAAGUCAUCUCUGGAGUUCGCCGAUGGCCAACUGUCACCAGCGUCGCUGCGGCGUCGCAGCACUCGCGCCAGCGCAUUGAAAGCGCAGGAGAAGAUCAAACUCAAAGACGAUGUCAUCGUAACGACCAAUGUGGAGAGGGAGGAUGUUGAGGAAAGUGGUGAAUCGGCGCCGAAAAAGCGACGGCUGCAAGUUGGAUCCGCUUUCGACCAGUUCAGCCAUAAGUUUGGACUGCGGGAGGAUGUUGAGGAAAGUGGUGAAUCGGCGCCGAAAAAGCGACGGCUGCAAGUUGGAUCCGCUUUCGACCAGUUCAGCCAUAAGUUUGGACUGCGGGAACACGAUGGAAAUGUGUAUCCUCUGACCGAUGAGAGCGAAGUGUCCUCUUUACACGACAACGAGAUUUUGACUUUGAAAGCUAGCUACGAUAAGUUGAUGAGCAAAGAACUUACGCCGGAACAGCGGCAUGAGCGAACCCUCAUGAUUAAGCAAUGUGAAGCUGAGCUGCGAUUAGAAGAAGCAAAAUUGAUGAUGCUCAAGAAAGUAAAGGCCAGUCAAAUGUUGGCCAAUCAGAAGUUGAUGAGCAAAGAACUUACGCCGGAACAGCGGCAUGAGCGAACCCUCAUGAUUAAGCAAUGUGAAGCUGAGUUGCGAUUAGAAGAAGCAAAAUUGAUGAUGCUCAAGAAAGUGAAGGCCAGUCAAAUGUUGGCCAAUCAGAAGGUUCGUAUCGUUUUCUCAUGCCAUGUCGUUGCUAUUCUUCCACGGUUAGCAAAAUCGAGCCAUUUUCUGGGCUUCGUCCCGAACACAUGUUCGUCAUCGCGGACGAACCCUGUCCUUGGCUUAGCCGGCUUGACAAUUCAGCAACAACAGGAGCUUCUUCGUAGUGCACAGGCCAACCCGGCUGCACUGCAAGCUCUCCUAAUGCAAGCUGCUAAGAAUGGACAGUCGCCAGCGCAAGCACUUGCUGCUCUCUUCGCGAAUCACGCUUCCUCGUCAUCACAGGUUGCUUCCGUAGCUCAACAAUUGAAGGAACAACGCGCAAAGGAAGAGCAACUCCUGAAGGAACAGGCAGCAGCGGCCACACAGGCAAGCACUGCUGCACAACAGGCAAAACUACUAGCUGCCCAAACACCACAACAGCGCGCCGCUACUGCAAGGCAAGCCUUCCGCAUGCAAGCCGAUAAGCAACUUAUGCAGCAAAUCACUGCGCCAAAGGCUCCUCCAAUUGAUUUGUUUUUCAUUCCAAAUGGCUCGCAACCAGAUUUUUGCUACCUCGUCGGCCUAGAUCUCGUCGUUCAACGGGUACUCAAAGACAAGAACGUGUACAGAUCUGUUACCGAAAGACCGUACGAAUGCGAGGAGUGCGGUACUGAUUUCACUCCUUCUUGGAAGGCAAUUGGCACGUCUUCCACGGACAUGCAUCUUUAUUGCGAACAGUGUGUACGCACAGCUCAAAAACGCAAGAUUCGAACGGAUCAUUCUAAUGUGUUGAAGAAGGCAUAUAACAAGAUAAACAGUCAAGAAAAGAUGAUAACUGGAGCUCAACUCGCUGCGCUGCGCGGCGCAUGCAGAGGCCCCGCGCGCGGCAUCCGUAAGGUCCCCUCGACUAGUCAAGCUCAGAACUUGAGCACCAAACCUAAUCCUUUACAAGGAACCCCUCAACGCAGUGGAACCAGCACUCCAACAGUGCGAAAGGCAGCGACCCCGGCGGCCAUGCAACAGCAGAUGGCGGCAAUGCAGCAACUGGUCCGAGCUAAUCCAAUGAUGGCGAUGGCUGCAAGUCAGAUGGCCGGUGCCGCUGCUGCAGGCAAUCCCAUGGCGAGUAUGAUGCAACAGAUGUGGAAUCCUAUGAUGUUGCAAGCAGCGGCUACUCAAAUGCGCUUGCAACAGCAACAAGCGCAGCAACAGGCGAGUCAGCCUAAUAUGGCAAUGUCAAUGCUUGCGCAGGCUGUGCAACAUGCGCAAUCGUCGGGAUUAACUGGUCAGAACAACAGCGCCAUUGCUCAACUGGCUGCUGCAGCCGCUAUGAAUCCGGCAUUGAUGAACAACCCACAGUUACUGCGACAAAUCCAGCAGAUGCAGAGCCGUGGAUUGAUUGAGUCGCUGCAAAGGAAGAAGUAA